AUGCCAAACCCAACUAAACAAAACUUCAAUAUACCACCCACUACGCAUAACACCAAACCACAUCACUCCAUUCCACACUACACCCCACCGCACCAAACCAAACUUCAACACAUUACUCUGCAUUACUCCACACCUCUUCUUGUUAAACAAUCUAACUUCGAUCCAUCUCACUCCGCCACAUUUCAGCAUCCCAUCUCAACUCGUGCAUCUGCUACAUCAAACUACAAUUUGCCUGUACCUUCAUGUCCUUUUUUUCUUAGUCUAAUCUUUCCCUCAACCCCACUCCAAUCCAAUCCAUUCUAUCUCAACUCAAUCCACCUCACUUCAUUGUCUACCUCCAACAUAUCUGUAUCACCCUUUGAUAGCCCAAUGUUUGUGCGUAUGAAAAUCGCCCGUAUUCGCUUGGACGGCGACCUGGAUGCUGAACUACAGAAGAAUUGCGAGGCCUUCGAUGAGGAGGCCUACACGAUGGUACAACGAGCCUUCGAGUAG